ACGAACUUAAUAAACAAGUGAAGACCUAUCACAUUUUGCAGUUUCAACAAAUAAAUAUCCCAAAAUUUAGUGGCGGCGAGAGGGAAACCAAAAUUCGCGAGAGAGAAGUAUGUCGAAGACGCUGGUGCAACCGGUAGGGCAAAAGAGGUUGACUAAUGUUGCAGUGGUUCGUCUCAAAAAGCAAGGCAAUCGCUUCGAGAUCGCUUGUUACAAGAAUAAGGUCCUUUCAUGGCGGUCUGGCGUGGAGAAGGAUAUAGAUGAAGUGCUACAGUCGCAUACUGUUUAUUCAAAUGUUUCGAAAGGAGUUCUUGCAAAAUCGAAAGACUUGAUGAAGUCGUUUGGAUCAGAUGAUCAUACGAAAAUAUGCAUCGAUAUUUUGGAGAAAGGAGAGCUUCAAGUUGCUGGAAAAGAAAGAGAAUCACAGUUCUCAAGCCAGUUUCGGGAUAUAGCAACGAUUGUUAUGCAGAAAACUAUCAACCCUGAAACACAACGACCUUAUACCAUCAGCAUGGUAGAGCGCCUAAUGCAUGAAAUUCAUUUUGCUGUUGAUCCUCAUAGUAAUUCCAAGAAGCAGGCACUUGAUGUCAUCCGUGAGCUGCAAAAGCACUUCCCUAUAAAGCGUUCUCCAAUGAGACUGCGUCUUACUGUUCCUGUUCAAAAUUUCCCCUCGCUUCUGGAGAAGCUAAAAGAAUGGGAUGGUAGUGUUGUCUCCAAAGACGAAUCUGGAACACAGAUGUCCACUGUCUGCGAGAUGGAACCGGGCCUAUUCCGAGAGUGUGAUUCCCAUGUGAGGAGUAUCCAGGGAAGACUAGAAAUACUCGCUGUAUCAGUUCAUGCAGAAGGUGACACAAGCAUGGAUCAUUACGAUGAGCAUGAUGAUAUGGCAUUGCAAACCCACAAGCCGUUGUUACCUGCUGAGACUGAGACUAAGGAUUUGACCGAUCCCGUCGUUGAACUUAGCAAGAAACUGCAGAAGCAAGAGAUAAGUACUACAGAUAACAUAAAGCAAGAAGGUGGAGAAGAAAAGAAGGGGACCAAGUGCAGCACUUGCAACACGUUCGUUGGAGAGGCUAAGCAAUACAGAGAGCACUGUAAGAGUGAUUGGCACAAACACAACCUUAAGCGUAAGACUCGGAAACUCCCUCCUAUUAGUGCUGACGAAUGCAUGUCUGAGAUUGACAUGGACGACUCUAGAGCAGAUUUGAAAGACUACUCUUUCUGAAACUACAAUUUUCUCCUUUUGUGCUUUUAAUUUUGUCAAUGUGUUAAAUCUCGUAGUCAUAUGUGAGUAUGAAUACACAAAACUUGUGGAAUGAAAUUUUGCGCAAACUUUAAGAGUAAAAACUUGUGUUUAAGAGACAAGCUUGGAUAUUUGGUAUUUGAUUAAUAACUGUGACCAAACAAUAGACAUCGUACGGCUUGUGGUAUUUCAUUGCACUAACAACAAAAAAUCAUGACCGAUCAGCAUCGUUCAAGAGCAUUGCACAUAUUUAACGUUGUGGUCAGAAUUUAGGGAAGUUUGGUUAACACAUGGAAGAGACCAGAGAGAUAAAUGAAGGAUAGAGCUUGAUUCAUUGCCUCCCUGAUGAUGUGCCCUAAGGAACACACACCGAUAGAAAGAUGUACAUUAUAAACUAUAAAGCAUAAGAAAAACUCCCCAAAGUAAAAAAAGAAACAGUAACUCAAGAGAUGGUAUUGGUGAUUGUGGAGGUGACCUAGAAACCAGUUAUUGAUACAAAGAUUUGACUCUUCCUUUCUUAAGCACAAUAUCACGGCUUAUUGGCCUAUCCUUAUCCUGAGUUUGAAGAUGUGUGAUGCUGCGCAAGCAGAACAUUACCCUUUCAGUGUCUCUUCUUCCUCUUCUUCAUUUCACGCGUUCCAAUCAAAAUUGUUGAAACCAUUCACUGCUCCUAAAAGUUGGUUUCCUAAAUCCUGUUGACCGUUUGGAUCCCGCACCAUCAUCCCAACUCUUCCGUUCAUGAGACUAUUGUUACCGUUUAUAUUAUUGAUUCCGUUUGCUGCCAUGGAUUGACCAAUCCCACCACCAAACCCACCAGCACCUCCAAUAUUUGUGUUGUUGUUGUUGUUCACUUGGCCAUUCAUCAGUAAAACACCAGAACUAUUUACAUUAGCUUGACCCUUCCCAUCAUUCCCGAAAGACCCAUGCCCAACCAUGCUUCCUCCUGAGCUAUUAUUAUGAGCUUGGUUGUUCAUCAGGAUUUCAUUCAGUAUCUUCUGCACCGAGCUAGACUCGUUUCCAUCAACCUCACCUGCCUGUUGCAUUGCUGGUGAGUUUGUGGAACCCAUGUGAUUAACAGAUGGUAUCCCGUUUUGAGAGGGAUUAUUGUUAUUAGAUGAGGAUGUUGGAGACUGAAAUGUUGGCAGGUUGUGUUGUUGCUGCGAUGAUGAUGGCACCAUGGUACCCGAGGAACUAGGUGAUUGCAUCUGAACAGAGUUUCCUCCAUAGGGGCUGUUUGGAGGAUUGUAAGCAGCAUUCUGAUGUCUUCCCUUCAUUGAAUUCUGGUGGAUGAGCCCUGCGAUGCUGCUGGUGGAAGUGGAUGCAGAGGCUGCAUUAAAGGCAUAAUUUACACCAUUGCUUGGAUUACCCUGCAUUAGUGCAACUUGCCUACUACUUUGAUCACUGUUUGUAUUCUGGGAAACUGUUUGCUGCUGCUGCUGUUGUUGUUGUUGUUGUUG